AUGCAAUCUUCCCGGCUGCAAACCUCUCCAGAGUCUUUGGAAAACCCAAGAUUGCUCAACUUUGACGCCCUUUCCAUCAACAGUUCGGACUCAGAAUAUGAUGAUAAUAAUAAUGUUUUCGCUCCUCCUAGAAAAUUGAACUCCAAGUUUGAGCCAACCAACAAUAAUGGCAAUAGUUAUGAAACCAUUGCCGAUAGUAUCUUCAGUGCCAAUAACAACAAUAACAACAGCAUCUUUGAUGAUUACUAUUACGACACCGAAAUCGAAUCCCUCCCUGCAUCUUCUUCCAAUCUUGACUCCCCUAAACCCAUGAAAUCUGUCGAUGUUAUUACAUCUUCAAAUGCCACGUCUGUUCCGUUAUACGAAGUCAAAUAUAGAAAUGAACGGGAUUUCGAAGUCAGUGCCAAAAAUUCACUAGCCGAAGACUGCAAAUCCGAUUGCUAUUCGUUCAUCAUGGACUUGAUUGUCGAUUAUGAUGAAGAUAUCGCCUCAAUAAUUUCCGGAACCAGUAGUACUAGACUCAGAAUUAAUCAAGAGGAUUUGCGACCAACAAUUGACUCAAUUUUAAAUAAUAAACCACAAGUGAUCUCGUCGUCGCUUCAACAACCUCCAUCUCCAGUUAAGGUGGCCUCACCAAUUAGAACUCACCAAAAGAAAUUGCCACCAACCAAUAUAUCCGUGAAGGACCAUCAGCAACCAAUGACAAGAAGAGCCGACGCUUAUCCAAAAUCAAUUUUGAAGACCCCAACUUCUGCCCACCAUCCUCCACCUCCUCCAGCGGCCUUCAAGUUAUCAUCUAUGCAAUCUGGCCAGUACAAGAAUGAUUUCACUAUCUCAGCAUCUGAAUUGGAAGCCCACAAAGCCCAAUCAGAUGAUUCUGUCCCUAAAAAGAAAACUUUAAAAUACCGAGUAGUGGUCACCAGAAGAAACAUCAUCAAUAACGUCAAGCGUCUCUCAAUGAAGAGCUUAUCAAGAAAAAGUGUUUACGGUGGUCCUAAAACUCCAAUGCUUGAUGAUUAUGAUAAACGCAAGUCUUUUCUUAAUAAUAACAAGUUGGUCAAUGUUAUCAAGUCGGUGAUCAACAAAGUUAAUUCUCCAAUUGAUAAUGAGAGAGUCAGUCACGGACCAACGGUUUUUGGUCGACCUUCAUCAUUGAAAGAAACAUCGAAAGCCAAACUCAACCGCUCAAAGACUCAUGCUAGUUUUGCCUUGACAAGAUUGAGUGGUAAUUAUCACAGAUCUAGUACUUUUGAAUUCAAGAGAGUCCAAAAUAGAAGUAAGCUGGCUAAUCCAUUACCAAGACUUGAUUCUGACAAACCAAAAGUGAAAUCUUUAUCUGUUAAUACUUCUUUCAAUGACCACGUUGGUGCAAUCCAAAGAACUCCAAUGAAUAAUAUUCAAAUCAAAAAGAGAUCAGUUUUAAUCAAAGAUAACGCCACUGAUUUGUACAAUUUAUAUUCCUUUGAUAAUCCAUAUGCAGAUGACGAAGAUUCUAAUGCGACAUCACAAAGAAUGUCGUUAGUGAUGAAUGGGAUCAAGAUCAAUAAUGAUGAUGAUUUGCUGGGCAGUAAUACCGGGGUUACGCAGAUCGAUUUAGCAAGAAAUUCAACUCUCGUUAAAAAUGAUAAUGAUACAUACAUCAUCAAGUAUGAUAUAAUUGAAUCUCCAGUAUCUGCUAGAGCAACUUCGAGAUCUUUGAAGGCCAUAAAAGAAAAUGAUUCGGACAGAACACGCACCAGUUCUAGAAAAUCAAAUAAAACCCCUUCAACCUCUAUGCAUACCCCAUAUUCCCACAACGCAUCAAUGAAACCUUCUUCAGCUCAUUCAAGAUUACAAAAGAGAAACUCUUUGAGUCGGUAUAGUCGCAAACAGGGUGGUCAUAAAACUCCUCAUCACUCUCAAUCUCUGCCACGCUCUAAAAUGCCUACCAAGUCUCCAUUGCCAGCUUAUAAAGCAUCGCAGUUGAAAAUGUCUGCUUCAUUAAAGAAGAAAUUGCCAAAUCCACAAUCUAGAAGAUUAUCUAGUGGUCACCGUUAUAGAAGCACCACCAAACAAUAUAGCAACAGAAGUGGCAGAAAAAACCCAUACCAAAAUAAUGGUGAUAGCAGCACAAUAAUGCAUCAAAAAUUGGAAAAUAGAAAGUUCUUCUAUGCUUAG